UGAGUGGCACCACCAAAAACCCUUUCAAAUGUUGGUGCACAGUUUUUCCGCGAUGGACCGUCACGACGGCUCCAGCAAUGGGACAGCCAGGCUACCUCAGCUGGGCGGCGUGGGCCAGAGUCCCUACACCAGCGCCCCUCCGCUCUCCCACACACCGAACUCGGACUUCCAGCCCCCUUACUUCCCUCCGCCCUACCAGCCCAUCUACCCGCAGUCUCAGGACCCUUACUCGCACGUCAACGACCCGUACUCCCUCAACUCCCUGCACGCCCAGCCGCAGCCGCAGCACCCGGGAUGGCCGGGCCAGAGGCAGAGUCAGGAGAGCGGCCUGCUGCACCAGCACCGCGGCCUGCCCCACCAGCUGUGCCGGGAGUACCGCAGGGAAGUGCUCCUACCGUCCGGCCAUGGCAUCGAUACGGGACUGUCGGACUCUAUCUCUCUCCAUGGAAUACCUCACUCUUUAGACGACGUUCAGUCUGUUGAUGAUCAAGGAAUUCACAUUCCCGACCAGACUGUAAUUAAAAAAGGUCCAGUGUCUUUAUCCAAGAACAACAACAUCAACGCCAUCCCCCUAAAUAAGGACGGUCUUUUCGGAGGGGUGGUAAACCCCAACGAGGUGUUCUGCUCGGUUCCGGGUCGCCUGUCCCUCCUCAGCUCCACAUCAAAGUACAAGGUCACAGUGGCAGAGGUGCAGAGACGCCUCUCGCCGCCCGAGUGCCUCAACGCCUCUCUGCUGGGCGGGGUGCUGAGGAGGGCCAAGUCUAAGAAUGGAGGAAGAUCCUUAAGGGAGAAGCUGGAUAAAAUCGGCUUGAAUCUACCUGCGGGCAGACGCAAGGCAGCCAACGUCACCUUGCUGACGUCACUAGUCGAAGGCGAAGCGGUUCAUCUUGCCAGGGAUUUUGGUUAUGUAUGCGAGACCGAGUUUCCAGCCAAGGCAGUAGCUGAAUAUGUAAACCGUCAGCAUUCCGACCCAAACGAACAAGUCCAAAGAAAAAACAUGCUGUUGGCCACAAAGCAAGUGUGCAAAGAGUUCACAGACCUGCUGUCCCAGGACCGCUCGCCGCUCGGAAACUCUCGGCCGCAGCCCAUUCUUGAACCGGGGAUCCAGAGCUGUUUGACCCACUUCAGUCUAAUUUCGCACGGCUUCGGGACCCCGGCACUGUGCGCGGCAGUCACGGCCCUGCAGAACUAUCUGACCGAGGCUGUCAAAGCCAUGGACAAAAUGUACCUCAACAACAACCCCAACAGUCACUCAGAUAACGGCACUAAAGGCGGAGACAAGGACGAGAAGCACAGAAAGUGAUGUUUCCAUCCCACCUUCAUGGGC